AUGUCAGAAACACUUAAUCAGUCCAAUUCAGAAGUUAAAAAGCCUGGAGAGAGCGUGAAGAUGUCCUGUGUAGGAUCUGGAUUUCAGAUUUCCAGCUAUGGUAUGCACUGGGUUCACCAGGCUCCAGGCAAAGGAUUGCAGUGGGUUGGUAGAAUCAAUACCAAUAAUGGAAACACAAAUUAUGAUCCUUCACUCCAAGGAAGAGUCACAAUAACUAAAGAUGACUCACUCAGCACAUCAUAUCUACAGAUAGACAGACUGACAUCAGAGGACACUGCCAUCUAUUACUGUGCUAGACACACUGACAAAAAGCAGGGAAACUGCUAUACAAAAACUGUCAGGAGCAUUAAAUCCUACCAGACGCCAGGAAACAAAAGAUGUUCAAAAUCAUAG